CAUCGCUCCCCAUCUCUCUCUCUAGAAAUAAGAAUGUCUAAGCCACUGGAGCUGGAGAAGGCACGAGUGGAGCCACAUGGGGAGCACACAGACACAGAACGAAACGGUCCCGACACAAACCACCAGACCCAGCAGAGCAAACCAGCCCCAUUCUCCCCGGCCCCCACCGGCCCCAGCCCCAAGAUCAAGGCGGAGGACCCCACGGCCCUGCCUCCAGCUCCAGCACCGGCCCCCCCGGCCCAACAGCCGCACCUGCCCCAGGCCCAGCUCAUGUUAGCCGGCAGCCAGCUGGCCGGGGACAUCCAGCAGCUCCUUCAGCUCCAGCAGCUGGUGCUUGUCCCUGGGCACCACCUCCAGCCGCCCGCCCAGUUCCUGCUGCCACAGGCCCAGCAAGGACAGCAAGGGCUGCUCCCGACACCAAAUCUCUUUCAGCUACCUCAGCAAAGCCCGGGGGGGCUCCUGCCAACCCCCCCCCGCGCCGGGCUGCCUGCACAGCCAGUGACUCGGCCGGGUCUCCCCGAGUCCCACCUUGCGCACCCCCAGCCCCCGAAAUGCCUGGAGCCGCCAGCGCACCCCGAGGAGCCCAGCGACCUGGAGGAACUGGAGCAGUUCGCCCGCACCUUCAAACAGCGACGCAUCAAGCUUGGCUUCACGCAGGGCGACGUAGGGCUGGCCAUGGGGAAACUCUACGGCAACGACUUCAGCCAGACGACCAUCUCCCGGUUCGAGGCCCUGAACCUCAGCUUCAAGAACAUGUGCAAGCUCAAGCCGCUGCUGGAGAAGUGGCUGAAUGACGCUGAGACCAUGUCGGUGGACUCGACCCUCCCCAGCCCCAACCAGCUGAGCAGCCCCAGCCUGGGCUUUGACGGGCUGCCCGGCCGGCGCCGCAAGAAACGGACCAGCAUCGAGACCAACGUGCGCUUCGCCCUGGAGAAGAGCUUUCUCGCGAACCAGAAGCCUACCUCAGAGGAGAUCCUGCUGAUCGCAGAGCAGCUGAACAUGGAGAAGGAGGUGAUCCGUGUCUGGUUCUGCAACCGCCGCCAGAAGGAGAAACGCAUCAACCCCUGCAGCAGCACCCCCAUGCUGCCCGCCCAGGGAAAGCCCCCCGGGUACGGCCCGCACAUGGUGACGAGUCCGGGCCCCGGCGUGAGUCUCCCGCUCUCCCAGGCUUCCAGCAGUCUGAGCACAACAGUGACUACCUUAUCCUCGGCAGUCGGCUCCCUGACCCCCAGCCGGACGGGGGCGGGCGGGGGGCCCCCCGCCAUCAAUUCUGCCACGCCGCCCCCCACCAACAGCACCAACCCCAGCCCCCAGAGCAGCAGCCACGCGGCCAUCGGCCUGUCGGGCCUGAAUCCCAGCACGGGGUAA